UGAACACACCUGUGAACGCUAGAUGCUUGUGAGGGCCCCGUCACCUCCAGGCAUUGGAAAGACACAGAGUGGUGGCCUCUGAGGACCAGUUCCUUCCUCUUCACCUUGACUUCCGCCUUGCCCUUUCUACUCAUAACCCACCAUGGAGACGCUGUCCCAGGACUCUCUGCUGGAAUGUCAGAUCUGUUUCAAUUACUACAGCCCCCGGCGAAGGCCUAAGCUGCUGGAUUGCAAGCACACCUGCUGUUCCGUGUGCCUCCAGCAGAUGAGGACGAGCCAGAAGGACGUGAGGUGCCCCUGGUGCCGUGGCAUCACCAAGCUGCCCCCGGGCUUCUCCGUGUCGCAGCUCCCCGACGACCCCGAGGUCCUGGCUGUCAUCGCCAUUCCGCACACCUCCGAGCACACCCCGGUCUUCAUCAAACUUCCCAGCAACGGGUGCUACAUGCUGCCCCUGCCCAUCUCUAAGGAGCGUGCGCUGCUGCCUGGCGACAUGGGUUGCCGCCUGCUGCCCGGGAGCCAACAGAAGUCUGUCACCGUGGUGACCAUCCCCGCCGAACAGCAGCCCCUGCAGGGCGGGGCACCCCAGGAGGCAGUGGAAGAGGAGCAGGACAGGCGGGGCGUGGUGAAAAGCUCCACCUGGUCGGGGGUGUGCACUGUCAUCUUGGUGGCCUGCGUCUUGGUCUUCCUUCUCGGCAUCGUGCUCCACAAUAUGUCUUGCAUUUCUAAGCGCUUCACGGUGAUAUCCUGUGGCUGAAAGGGGCUGCGGAAGUCUCUUGUGGGUGCCAACUUAGGGGUUGAGCAGGUUGGUGACGGGAUCCCGGUGAGAAGAUGGGGGGGGUGACACUGACCGUUGGGUGCUGAGCGCUGGCCUCUGGAUUGCCACUUGAUUCACCCCCAAGACAGACACAAAGGGCAGGAGGUGAGGUCUCAACGGGAUGCCAGGUGAAUUGUCCUGAGUGUUGGUGGCAACAGCUUUGGAGAUGAUUGCAUGCAUCCUCAUAAUCAUGUACUAAAUGGACUGUAAUUUAUGAUUUUUUUCAAAAUCAUAUUAUGAGAUAGACAUAUUCUACUUAGACGUUAAACUGUACAAGUGUGUACAAUGUGAUCUUCUCUAAAUGCGGUAGAUUUAAACAAAGAUGCUAUGUAUGCAAGUAGAAUUAAACCUGCGAAUCCGUGUAAAAAUUCAAUGAAGACAUGCAGUGCUUGUUUUUUCCUUUCUUUCUUUCUUUCUCUCUUUUUUAAAAAAUAAAACCCAGUCUUCAUUUAAUUGCUAGAGCUUUUUAUACAUUUUGAAUGGCACCCAAAUCAAAAUAAUUUAAAACGGACAGUUUUUUGGUUUUUUUUUUUUUUUUUUUGGAGAAAAUAUCUGAACAAGUGUCUCUAAUGUGUUGUGUUUGGCCAUGUACUUUCAUUUUAUUCACUUGUAAUUAGAACUUGCUACGUGUUUAUUAAACUGAAAGCCCAACAGGGAGCAAUAAACCAAGAAAUAAUGAGAAAUGCCUACUCCCACAGGAAACCUGUAUGCCAAUUUUUCUCAAGCCAUCUCACAAAAUAAGAAUUUA